AUGGCAGUGCCCGGAAGCGAUGGGGAAAUCGCAGUGGUCACUGCCUCCUUGUAUCUUAAAUGUGCAGAUGCCCAGCGGAAGCUCGUUGCCUUGGAGGACUUGGCUCUGGCACUCGAGCAGGGCAAGAAGGCUGCGCCUUUGGAACAGUGGGCUAGAGACAUCUACCGCCGCAUAGCUCUCGCGCUGAAGAGACAAGGUUGGACUGUCCGGGAGGCCUUUGACCUGGUCACCAAAGACCGACGGGCACAGAAGAGUGAAUUCUUCACGCUGGUGAACAGCCUCGAGCUGGGCCUCCGCUCCGAGCAGCUGGAGUGGCUGUGGAAGCUGUCUGACACGAAUGCAGAUGGCCUCCUGGACUACAUCGAGUUCGCUCAGCGCAUCGCGGAGGUGACAGGCAUCAGCACCACAGCCUUCCCAGUUCCCCGAGACGAGGAUGUGCUUGAGCCUCCCAGUCCGGGCCCGCGACCUCCCAUCUCCUUGCUCAACGCGGCGGCCGGCAUGUCCGAAGCUUGGGCCAAUCUUUGCCAAGCUCGGGACCUGUGUGCCCAGCAGGAGCGCAGGUUGAGCCUCGGCGUGGCAGCAACCUCAGCUCGCCCGGCACAUUCGCUGCAGGAGAUCUGCUCCCGUGUCAACGACGCCUUGCGCCGCAAGGGCCAGACGCCGGACGCUCUGUUCGACGCCCUCGCGGGUGGUGGGCAAGAAGUACGUUGGCCGGACUUCCGGGCUCUGUUUGCGCAAAUCGAGCCUUCCUUGGAAGAGUGGCAGCUACAGCAGCUGUGGGCCACCUUCGAUACCAACGCCGACGGCGGCAUUUCCCGCGAGGAGUUCAAGAAGCAGCUUGCGAACGUGCAG